CUGGGCUGUUCUGCUUCCAAGUUGUCCCUUCCUUCAUCAUUCGUUCCUUCCAUAAGUAAUCUCUCAUUCAUGGGUCAUUCCUAAACACACACACAAGAGAGAAACCAAACCUUUCCCUCAAUGAUGGACAUUUGGUCAUGGAUAUGCGAGCUUCCCAGCAACUCGGAGGAGUGGUCUGAUUCACCUACAUUCGAACUCGCCAGUUCAGGCCAAGCUGAUCAGGACGAUUCGACUCGGUCCAUUUAUCUCAGAGCAGACCGGACUUCGGGGUCGGAAGCCGAAGCUGCGGUGAUUUUCACAGUUUGCUUGCAGGGUUUUCACCCAUUCAACGCCGAAAAGCCUCUCUGGGUCUCUGAGAAAUGUCAUCUUUCUAGAGAAAACCCUUUCCUUCCUCUAUUUCUUCAGCUUCUUCAGGAGAUCAUAGCUCUCUCCCCCAACGCGCCAAACAGUACGUGCCCGAGGUCACAGCUCCAGAAGCUCAAGCCCGACCCUAUCGCAUGGGUCAUGAACUCUCACUCACCCGAAUCCUUCUCCACCUUCUUCAACCUCGUCUUCAUCUUACGCCUCUUCUGGCUCUGCGCCUGCGACGGCCCCAACGAAGCUGGCUGGCUCUAUUUUCAAUCAUUACUAGCUUCCGCGCUUGAAACCGUCUCGUCUAACCCCUCGCCAGUUCUGCGAACUUUCUUAAUCACGGUCGGCGUAGACAUGGAGCUAUGCUUCAUGCGCACCCUUGGAUACAUCAUAGCAAAAUGGUGCAUUUUCAGAGAGCUAGGCGUGGGAUUACAGGCGUUAGUUCCGCCGCCGUGUCGAGGCCCGGGAUUUUCAUACGCAACGGAGGCUCACGGUUUUUGGGUUCUGAAAGGCUAUGCACCGAUGAUGACCAUGAUGAAACCAGCGAGCUCGAAUGGUCUGAAAACUCAAAUUCCUCGUCUCGAUGCUAAGGAGGCAGUACUAAAGUACACUCUCGCCCACCAGCAACUCGAAGCCCUGGUCCAGUUAGAAUACUCCGUCACAUACCACGACGGGUUCAUUCAAGUUCGCGCACGCGUCGACAACAUACGUCUUAACGUGGCGAAACUCGGUUUCAAGAACCAAAACGACGAGGCGGAGUACGGCGAGGAGAAGCACUUCCCGUCUCGAGUUCGAAUCUGGGUCGGCCCGGAAGUUGGAGCGACGUACGUGGGCGGGUUGAGUUUGAGCCGAUCAACUGAGAACACAGAUAGGGAAGUGGAAAUACAGAAAAUCGUGAAGGGAAAUUUCCAGAAACUGAAGCUUUCGAAGGGGAAAGCGGUGGCGAGGACAUCUACGAAGACGAAGACAAAGAACUGGAGAAUGGACCAAGAAGCGGAGGGGAAUGCGGCAAUAUUCGACGCCGUCUUGUACGAUAACGCGACGGGUCAGGAGGUGGCAACGGGGAAGCCUUAUGGAGAAACCGGUGGCGACCCAGUCCACGGGUUGAGAAGGAGGUACAUGGGAGCGAACAGACCGUUUACGAAAACGGGGUCGGUGGUGCUUGCCGGGGACGAGUAUGGAGAAGAAGUAGGGUGGAAGCUAGGCAAAGAGAUGGAAGGGAGCGUGUUGAAGUGGAGGAUAGGAGGGGAAUUUUGGGUAAGUUACUGGCCAAAUGAGGCAAAGACUUCAUUUUUUGAGACAAGGUAUGUGGAAUGGUGUGACGAGGUCGAUUUGCCUCUUAUUCCUGCCAAAAUGAUGGUGUGAAUGUUCACAACUCAGUGGCAUGCAAGUUACCUUGUUGAUAAGAAAUAUUUUCAGUUCGAUUUCACUUGCAAUCUCUGGUGGAAGCUUGACCGCAAAAGUGGAGAAUUUGUAUGUAAAUAUUUGAUGAGGAUUAGCCUCUGCCGUUGUAUGUGAAUGAGACUGAAUCUCAAGCAUAAAAUAUGUUGUAAUAAUUUACGCACUCACAUGCUUCAUAAUCUCUGGGUUAUAUAUAGGAGAGAUAUAUGCGAAAAAAAUAAUCUAAGCUUAGUCACUUUAUUAGUUCA